AUGUGGCAGACCGCUGCGAGCUAUGCUACACUCAUAGUGGUGGGGUCGGCCGUUUACUGCUACUAUAACCCUGCAGCCGUCAAGAAGCUCUUUCCUCAGCCCGCUCCUCCCACCACACAGGAAGCUCGCCCACAAUCCAAGCGAGUCAAACAGAAGCGUGUCAGCAACCUCUCCGGAGAUGACAAGGCAGCCACAACUGCCACCAGCUCCACGGACACACCGGUCUCGAAGAAGAGGAAGAUAAUCUCAGCUCCUGUCGGCCAGCAAAUCAGUGCGAAGACCGUCGACGACAACAAGGUUGCUCUUCCGAGGGUCGAGGAUGAUGGCAUGAGCAACGCCGAUUUUGCUGCACAGCUCAGACAAGCUCAGACUGGAACGCAGCUCGAGAAGAAGGACCAGCAGGCUCCUUCCAAGAAGGAGCGACGUGCCGCACAAGCUGCUCCCAAGACGGCCGAGGGCUUCGAAUCUCCCAGUCUCUCUGCCGAUACAUCAUCCACUGGUGGUAGAGAUGCGGAUGAUGAUAUGUCACCCAACGCUACCCCUCCAUCGUCUGUUUCGCGAGCCGGCGAUAUCUCAGACAUGCUCGAGUCCGGCCCUGCGAAGCCAAACACCAUCAGACUUACCAGCACAGAGUCUGCACAGCAAAAGAAGCCGACCCCGAAGCAAUUCGAGACAGUCUUGACGAAGAAGCAGCGUCAGCGUCGCCAGCAGCAAGAAGAGAAUCGUCUGCUUAAGGAGGAGUCUGACAAGCAGCACGAGGCUAAGAAGCAGCAACAGAUGCGGACUGCGCGCAUGGCUGGCGGCACAUCAAAUCAGACCAAGGCCAGCAACUUCACUGCGAAUGCGUGGCAGCCCAAGGCCACAGAAAAUCAGGCUCCGGUCUCCCAGCCGUCAGGCGGCGCACUUCUGGACACGUUUGACCAUGAGGAGAAUAAGCAGUCGGUUUCGACCAAACCCAUAUCCGAUAUAACCAACCGCCAAGGCGCCAACGUUGAAGAUGCCAAAGAGGAGAUGGGCGAGAAAAAGACCGCGGCCUUGGCUGCAUCUCAGCGCGAGGGCAAUGCAAAGUCUCAACAGGAUACCUGGGCCGAUCAGCUGAAUGCUGACGAGCAAGACAAGUGGGCUCAGAAGCUGAUGGAGGACGAAUGGACCGAUGUGUCCAGCAAGAAAGCCAAGAAGAAAAACAGAAAGGACAAUCAACAGGAUACCAGCAGCGAGGCCAGCCAACCUUUGACUGCUAAGGGUCCAUCAGUGAAAGCCCUGAACGGAUCCCAAGCUAAUGAUAGCACGAAACCGCAAAAUCGGAAUCGUUUCGAGGCAGUAAGCGGAGACGACGUUUGGGAAGCCUAG